AACGAGACUCCGGCCUCGUUUUCUCCGCCUCCAUUGUUGCCUCUCUCUCUCUCUCUCUUGCCUCCUCCACCCCAUCCACCCACCUCCUCCCACCUUGCUUCCAUUCUCUGUUUCGCCUCUUGUUGUUGUUGUUGUUGUUGUCGUUGUUGUUGUUGUUGUUUCAUUGAGUUCGACAGAUUCAUCACUGCUCCUGAACUGUGUGAAUUCAUUACUCCUGCGGAGUUCAUUUCUUCUCGUGGUGGUCGGAGCUGGAUAUCAUUUUUCGUGUCGAGGUUUAGUGGAUUUGACAAGGUUUAGGGAAGGUGUUAGGGGGGAAGGAAUGGCGUCGGCUGCGGCGGGGAGAGUGGGAGCGGGAGCUUCUGUGAUGAGCACGAACAUCGGCUGUGAGAUUGCGGCGUCGCGCAAUGGUGUGCCGAGGGUGCAGCUUGUGGUGGCCACCAAGGGGGGGAGGGACGUGGGUUGCUGGGGUCAGCCACGCCUGAUCGCUACCUCUUCCUUCAUCGGCGCUGGCGUCGGGCGUUUCGCUCUCCGUGCGUCCAAUGGAUCUGGCCCCCGGACGGUUGUUAGCGUCGUUAACGAGGUUGCUGUGGAUGGCUCGAGCAACAACACAUCCACCAGUUUCGAAGUUCCUCGUACUCAAGAGAAGCCCACGACCGAGUCAUCUGCAUCAAUUGCAUCAGCUGCAGCUGUGUUUAUGGCGGACGUUGCCAACUUGAUCAAGCUUGUUGACACUAGAGACAUUGUAGAGCUUGAGCUGAAGCAGAAGAAUUAUGAGCUGAUCAUCCGCAAGAAGGAAGCCAUGCCACCUCCUCCAGCUCCUCAGCAGUCCGCACCAGGUCCGCAUGUGAUGGCCCAUACCACGUUCCCGAUGUAUCAGCCACAACAACAGCAGAGCCCGUCGUCAAUUCAAGAGGCUCCUGCUGCUGCUCCUAGUGCCCCUCCUGCCCCUGCGCCUGUCAAUGAUGCCAUUCCCGCUGCUGCUGAACAUCCUCCGAUGCUUUCCCCUAUGGCUGGAACAUUUUACAAGUGUCCUGGCCCUGGCGAACCUCCAUAUGUGAAGGUUGGAGACAAGGUUACCAAAGGUCAGGUUGUCUGCAUCGUGGAAGCAAUGAAGUUGAUGAAUGAGAUUGAGGCCGAUCAAUCAGGAACGAUUGUUGAAAUUUUGGCCGAGGACGGAAAGCCUGUUUCUAUGGAGUCGCCUCUCUUCGUUAUCAAGCCAUGAAGAUGAUUAUAGCGAUUCCCGCCGUUGCCAUCAUCAUCUCUGUGUUGGAAGGGGUGUAGUUUAGCAUCUUGUAGUGUAACUAGCGCCACACAAACACUAGCGAUGCAUAUUAGUGUUGUGGUUAUUGUUAAUUUCUGGCAGACUCUUUUUUCUUAGAUUCAAGAGGCAGUACCUGGGCAGACUGCUUCUGGCUCUUGGAGCACAUAGAGAAGGUUAAGGUUUAUGAGUUGAUUGGAGGAACAUAUACGUCACUGACGGCAGCCCCUUUUCUUUUAUCAGCGUUGGUUUGAAGAAAAAGUGAAUUCGUUAACGGUGUGAUA